AUGCGUAGGAGGACUGUUGGUGGAUAUCCAUGCAUCAGUCUCAUCGCCUAUGCCCACAACGUAAACUUGUCGCAGGAGGCAUUUGAGCACCCUUCUGUUCAGGAAUGCAUAGCUGUAGGCUGUGACCUUGCCUGGAUCCACAACGAUAUCGUCUCAUACAAGAAAAACGUCAAGUCAGGUAUUGAGCACAACUUUGUCACAGUCCUGAAGAAGAACGGCUUCACUACUCAACAAGCCAUGGAUAGAGCAGGUGAACUCCAGGAUGAGUGUUAUCGCCGAUGGUACCUCUCUCUGGCAAGCAUGCCUAUCUGGGGUGAGUCUAUUGAUCGUGAAGUGUUGAGAUAUAUCGAGGCAUGCCAUAGCUUCCCUCUCGAUGACCUGCUUUGGAGCUUCCAAACAGGGCGAUAUUUGGGAGCCACGGAGCGAUACAAGUUGCAUGAGACGAGGGUUUUAGACCUGUCGGACUUGGAGCCUAUCGCUGUGUGA